AUGAAAGGAAACAACUUCCAUUUUGUUGUAAAAAGCCUUGUAUCACAGCGGCUGAUAGUUAGACAAUCAGCUCUCAUAAAGGUGAAAGACAAUGGGGCUGAGGGGGAAGAGGUUUCACAUAAUAAGCAGGUUAUUAGCACCAACUCAUUAUAUCUGUCCCGAUAUGCCAAAGACAUGAAUAUGAAUUCACAACAAAGAAUUGAGAUUACAAAACCUGAACUACUGGGGAGCAAUGAAGAGACCAACAUUGCUUUGCAAGAAGAUGGAGCUUUGGCUGUAAAUUUGAAGAAUGACAUAUCUGUUCAUGAUUAUCUUCCAGCAAUGGAAGCCAUAUGUGAAAAACUUGAAAAUGCCAGUGGAAAGGCUUUCGUUGUAUCAGAUAUAAAAGUUGAUCCGGAUUACAAGAUGGCAUAUGGACACAGAGCAUGGAGAAAUGUAUUGCAUAGGCUAAGAGAUGCACAGCUUGUUGAAGAAUUCGAUGCCAACGUUGAUGAUAAGGUUGUUCGCUGUUUACGAUUGCUGAAGAAAUUUGAUCCAGUUGAGUUCCAGUCGAAAAGUACAACCCAAGACUACAAAAUUGGCGAGAAACGCCAGGCAACUGAUCAAGUUAUGGAGCUUCCAUUAGAGAACUGUAUAUAUGAUAUGAUCAAAGCUGAAGGGUCAAAAGGUAUAACCCUUGUCGAGCUUGGCAAACGUCUUGGGCAUAAGAAUUCAAGAAGGCUUCAUAAAAGAGUGUCAUCCAUGCGCCAAAGAUUCAAUUUGACUUGGGAUGCUGAAGUUUCAGAUAAGACAUCUCAGUACCGAGUUUGGACUUCAAAAGACUUUUUGCACUACAAAUCUGGUACUGCUCUGCAAAGUUUUGAGGCACUCCCAGGUGAUCAUGUCAAGCGUUCCGAUUCGUGGUCACUAGUUCCAUCUAGUGGAUUGGAUUCUCAUAGCUCUCAUGGCAACAAUAAUGAACUCUUGUAUGAAGCGGAAUGCCAUGAUGAGCCAGUUGGACAUUCUCUCCAAAGCAGCCAUGAAGCUUGUGUUGGAGUUUCCCAACUAGUUAAACAAGAUAAACUUGCUUUGGGUCGGAAGAAGCAUCGGUGCCCCCCUUCAACUUCUGAUGAUCGACGACAGAGAAGGAUUCUACACAUGUUGAAGAAAAAGAAAUUUGUGCUAAAGGUGGAGUUACAUAAAUGGUUAGAGAGACUUGAGAAGGAAAAUGGCAAAAUGAUGGAUAGGAAAACAUUGGCUCGCACGUUGAAUAAGCUUCAGCAAGAGGGCAGCUGUAAAUGUAUCAAAGUCAGUGUCCCUUUGGUUACAAACUACACCCGCAAUCGUCUCAUUGAUGUAAUACUUCAUUCUUCUGUUGGGGACUUAUCACCAGAACUUGUUGAUCAAAUUAGGAUGAGGCAGCGGAACUUUGACACUGAAACUCGUUCUGGUGCAGCAGCUAAACUGAAGCAAAAUCAACAUAAGACAGCCAUGCCUGGUCUGAGGAUUUCACGCAGAGUUAAAGAUAACAAACCGUUAAUAAUAGAAGCUAUGCAUGCCAAUGGAUUUAUAGGUGCAAAAAUGAUCCGGGUGAAGCUGUUCCACAUAUUUCUGUGGGUAUAUGUUAGUUGUUUGCCAGGUUGCUGCAUACCAGCUGGUUAUGCUGAAGAAGGGCAGCAUGCCAAGGACCUUAAUCAAUCAUCUCCGUUAUUUUCGAUGGCAGCAGCUAUAAAUGAAAUGCCUGUCGAUCUCUUUCUACAAGUUGUGGGAUCAGCCAAGAAGAUCGAUAACAUGAUAACUAAGGUGCUUUCAGAACUUCCUACCGAGGAAUACAACCAGCUCAUGGAUACUCAUGCUAAGGGACGACUCUCACACUUAAUAAAUAUUUUAGAUAAGCUCAAGUUGCUCCAACUUGCAAAUGAACUUGUAGAUGAGUCAGGUGUACCAUCAGAUGCUGCGCCUACACAUUCAAUGGAGCUCAGGCCUUAUAUUGAAGAACCAAUACGAAGAAUUCUUCCAUCAUCACAUGUUAAUUUGAAUCAUCGUCCAAAAAUUCGGCAUGAUUUUGUGCUUUCAAAGCAGGAGUUUGUUGAUGCUUACUGGGAAACAUUAGAGUACUGCUAUCUGACAGCUGGCUUGACUGAGCCGUUAAGUGCCUUCCCUGGCUGUGCUGUACCUGAGCUGCUGCAUCAUUGA